AUGGCCGCCACUGCGAUAUCGGGGGCUGCCUUUGGCGCUGCCAUGAUGGCCGCCGGCUUCCACGAGCCUUCUGUGGUGAUUUCGCAGUUGAAGUUCGAGAAUUGGCACAUGUUCCAGACCUUUCUGGCUGCCACUGCCACCAGCGCGGCGAUAUACGCCGUUGCCGAGCGUCUGGGCUACGCAAAGAUCUCGCCCCGGAACUCGUCUCCGCUGGGCCUCUUGUCCAGCUACGACGGCAACAUUCUGGGCGGCGGCCUCCUGGGCGCGGGCAUGGCCCUGUCGGGCUCGUGUCCCGGCACGCUCUACGCACAGCUGGCGGCGGGUGUUCGGUCGGGCUUCCACGCCUUGGACGGCGCCAUCAUUGGCGGCGUGCUCUGGUCCGGACUGGUGAGCAGGCUGGUCAGGAGACGGCGGGAGAAGGCCGGGGCGAGGCCGGAACCAGCUGUCGUCGGUGAGCGGCUGGGCCUGUCCAACGGCACUGCGCUGCUGUUGCUCGAGGCCGUCUGCGUGGCCGUCAUUGCUGCCACGACGCUGUAUACGCCCGCCAGUCCCACGGCCAAGAUUCCCGGCGCGCUGGCCGGCCUCCUCGUCGGGGGCGCACAGCUCGUUUCUAUUCUCACGCGGAGGACCAUGAUGGGCAUCUCCGGCUCGUACGAAGAGGUGGGCAAUUUCUUCUGGUGGCUCGUCCGGGGGGCCGACCCCAAUGCCAAGCCUUCCUCGUACCAGAACAUCCUGUUUGCCUCUUGGGUCGCGGCCGGCGCUUGGGGUCUCUUGAGGCUGGUCCCCGGGUUGGCGUCUGGCCCUGCCUACGAGAUAUCACCGUUGUUGGCCGUGUCAGGCGGUGUGUUGAUGGCUGUUGGGUCGAGAAUGGCGGGAGGGUGCACCUCGGGGCACGGCAUCAGUGGCAUCUCGCUGCUGUCUGUGUCGAGCGUCGUCACGAUUAUGAGUGCGUUUGCUGCUGGGGGUGUGGUCGCGCCGUUGGUUCAUUGA